AUGAUUGACUCCAAUAGACAUGAAAAUAGAAUUGGAUCGUUGCAAGCUUAAAUUUGCUUUAUUUCAAAUAUUCCAGAGAUACCAAGACUAAAGGAGUUUGUUCAACUCACAUAUUUCAAAGAAUAGUACUUUGAAAAGUUGUUGAGUGAUGGUGAAGCCAGGGUUAGACAAAACUUUCACAUUCUGAUUAAAAGUAUCUUUGUUACUUACAAAGAUAUUCAGGAUUCCGAAUACAUUAAUUAAAGCAAUUUAAAAAUGAUUCAAGCGAUCAUAGAUGCAGCUGGAAUUGAAAAUAUCAGCGACCAAAUUUAUGAGAUUAUAGAUUUUUGUGUGCAAAGCAAAAACAGAUAUGUUAGAGAACAAAUAUAGGAUCUGAUUUAAUCCAUAUUAAAGCUGUAUAAUAAAGAUAAUCUAAAGGGGAUAUAGAAAUUAGCUACUCAUAUCGGAUCAGGACUAGCAGAUAAUUGGUCUUAGGUAAGGUUCUCCGCAUCUAAAGCUGCAAGGGCUGUAUAUGAAUUAGUCAAGGAUGUAGAGGAAUUUAGAGAUUUAAUUGAUAAAAUUUUGGUUCCUCGCAUUUGCUUUAACAGGCAUUAUAUGGCAGAAGGCAUCAAAAUUUAUAAUUAAGAUACUUGGAAAUUCAUAAUGGGGGAUUAAGGAAAAUAAAACUUGUUGAAACUUUCCAAUGAAGUGGUGGAGUUUUAUAAUAGUUAGUUAUUUUCAGAAAAUUUCUAAGUAAGAGAGGUAUCCACUGAAUGCUUCGAUGAACUUUUCAUUCAUGUUGCACCAUUAGAUAAAGAGGCUUUUAAGCCAUAUUUAAAUUAGAUUUUGGGAAAUUUGAUAAGUAGAGUUGUUGAUCCUUAAUGGCAAGUGAGAAGAGGUGUGUUCUUAACAAUUGGAAACAUUGCAUCGGUAUAUGAUGAAGAGCUCAAAGAUUAUGAUUAAAUUGAAAAUGUCUGCUUUCUCUUGUUUAAGCAUCUGUCAGAAAAUGUUCCAACAGUGAGAGAAGCAGCAUCUAUAACAUUAGGCUAGUUAUUAGGAAAAGGUUUUGAAUUAAAAGAGAAAUUAACCAAUUACUUAAAAGAAAACUUAUUAAAAGCAAAGUAAUAAUAGCCAUUAAAAGCAUAAAGUAGCAUUCCUUACGGGAUCAAAUUUGAUAUUGAAGAGGCGAAGAACUCGAGCUCAGAAAUGAGUAUUGAAGAUAGAAUAAAGUAAUAAGAAGAACUUGAGAAGGCUAAACAAGAAUAAUUAGUAGACCCAGGAUUUUUAAGACCUGCUGAGCUUUGGGAAUUUUCAGAUGGCAGUAUUUAUCUAAUGAGAGAAAUAUCCAAGCACUCAAAGAUAAUAGGAUAGGAUUUCCAAAAACUUCUUUAGUCCUUGCCCGAUCUUGGAUUCUUAGAUUAAUUUACAGAGGCUUCCUUGCUAAAGGAGAAUUUAUUCCAAUCAUUAGUUGAGAUCAUUUUAAACUUUGGAAAAUCAUAGUUCAGGCCAUACCUUGAGUUAUUUAUAGAGCCUGCUUUUAGAACUGCAAAAGAUGAUAGGUACAAUUGUUAAUACCCUGCAUAGGAAUUUGUAAUGACUUUAGUCAAGGUUUAUGGGCAGAGUAUUGUAAGGGCUGUAAUAGAAUCAUACGAUGAUAGAUUUCUAGGUGAUUUCCAAAAUAUAAUAGAAAGAGAGAAUAAGAGCCAUCCUCUUUAAGGAAGAUAUCCAGGUUUUAAUCAAUAAUACCCAAGAUGA